AGAGCCCUGCAGGGUGCAGACCCGGGCAUACCGCCCACCUCCUCUCUUCCUUCCCCCUCACACCCACGCCAAGGAGGGGCCUCACCAGGGACCUGGCCGAGUGUGGGGCCAGCCCGGGGUCUCCGGACCUCACAGCAUGGAAGGGUCCUUCCGACUCCUGGCCUGCUUGGUGUGCAUCGUCCCAAUGGGAUCACUUGUGAGGACUAAAAGAGAUACCACUGGGAACUUGCUCAACACAGAGAUGAACAGUGCGCCCGCGCAGCGCUGGUCCAUGCAGGUGCCGGCCGAGGUGAGCGCGACGGCGGGCGAGGCCGCGGUGCUGCCCUGCACCUUCACGCACCCGCACCGCCACUACGACGGGCCGCUCACGGCCAUCUGGCGCGCGGGCGAGCCGUUCGCCGGCCCGCAGGUGUUCCGCUGCGCCGCGGCGCGCGGCAGCGAGCUGUGCCAGACGGCGCUCAGCCUACACGGCCGCUUCCGGCUGCUCGGCAACCCGCGCCGCAACGACCUGUCGCUGCGCAUCGAGCGCCUGGCGCUGGCCGACGACGGCCGCUACUUCUGCCGCGUCGAGUUCGCGGGCGACGUCCACGACCGCUACGAAAGCCGCCAGGGCGUCCGGCUCCGCGUGACAGCCGCCCCUCGGAUCGUCAACAUCUCUGUGCUGCCAGGCCCGGGGCACGCCUUCCACGCACUCUGCACAGCUGAAGGGGAGCCACCGCCCGCCCUAGCCUGGUCCGGCCCGGCCCUGGGCAACGGCUCGGCCGCCACGCGGAGCCCAGGUCAUGAUCACGGCCACCAGGUGACCGCCGAGCUGCCCGCGCUGGCCCACGACGGCCGCUACACGUGUACGGCCUCCAACAGCCUGGGCCGCGCCGAAGCCAGCGUCUACUUGUUUCGUUUCCAUGGCGCCUCCAGGGCCUCGGCGACCGCCCUCCUGCUCGGCGCGCUCGGCCUCAAAGCGCUGCUGCUGCUCAGCGUUCUGGGCGUUCGGGCCGCUGCCCAGCAUCGCCUAGAGCACCCAGUCACCUCGGACUCUCCGCCAAGGCCCCAGACUCAGGAGUCCAAUUAUGAGAAUUUGAACCAGAUGAGCCCUCGGGGCCCACCAGCAGCUGUGUGUUCACCGUGAGGAGCCUAUUGGCCACCCCCAUCCACUGGUCACCACGAGGAACAAAGGCCAACAGGAGGCUUGGCUGGGACGGCCCUUCCUGGCUCCCGGGCACUUUGACAGCCCCAGCCUGGCGACACCCCGAGGAGGUCAGGACCAUGCUCACAGAGGCUCAGAGGUCUCCCAUGUGGACUUCUGUCUUCGAGCCCCAGCAAUAUUUCUCUCUAGGGGGCAGCAGUUUGAAAGUGUGUGUAUGUGUAUAUGUGUACGUGUGUGCACAGGAACCCAAGUGUGACCCUUCUGGAAAGCUCUUUUCACCUUUUCUUAGAACAGAGCAAAGCAGGCAGGACACUGGUCAGAGGGGUCUCCAGGCCCCAGCUCCAUCUGGGUUCUGUCACUGACUUGCUAUGCGGGCCAAGGCACUUUUUCGCUUCUCUGUUGAACUUGUCCACUAUCGAACACGGACAGUAUUAUUCUUCCCUCCCAGCUUAGGGGCUAUCAGGGUCUGAGCACAGAGUGGAUGUGGAAGGGCUUUGGGCAGUACAAGGCCAUCCACAGAUGUAAGCAGGGUUACAGGCUCCUCCUUGCAGAGCCGCCUUGGACAAGCGUAGCUGCCUCCCCGGCCCCGCUGAAAGUGAGGAGUCCAGAGAGCAAGCCCAGGGCUGGGCCAUGCCACCCUGCAGUCCCAGGAACAUUGAAUCAGCAACGAGGAGAAGUCCGAUGUUCCUGCACCCUGAGGUCUCCUUUGCGACUGUCUCACUCUGCCCACCUCUCACCCCAUCAGCUGCUCUGCCCUGCCUUCAGCUGGGACCUCUGGGAAGAGGAGACAAAACAGCCAUCACCUCAAAGCAUAUGAAAAUUCACUGCCCUUAAGGACCACAAGCCGGGAGGUGUGAGGACCAGUCUGGGCCGCAGUGGGUCUGUGGGUAAAGCAGCCGCAGCUCUGACCUGCCUCCGCCUGCUUCUUCCCUGGAUGUGCACUGGCCAGAAGUCACGGGAGUUUCCCACCUGUGCAAAGUGCUGCCAGGCUGCCUCCGGGCCACGGCCAUCCAUCUUCACGUUGGAUCAUUUUAGCUCCUGCAGUCCUUGGGGACAGGUUGAGGGGCGGGCCAUGCUUGGGACUGGACAAUCUAGCAAGAGAAAAGGGCCAUAGAGAUCGGGGACGCAAGAGGCAGUGGGAACACUCUUUCUUUCCUCCAGAACUUUUCCAGAAGCUGCAGUGGUAGCUGGGGUCCUUUCUGAUGCUUUCUGCAGAGACGGCGCAAAGGCUGAAGGGUCUUCACAAGUUAACAAGCAAGGCGGGGGGGUUAGGAGGCUCCUCCCCUCCUCCUGGAGCCAUCGCCAGAGUAAAAGGGUGACGGCAGCUUAUGGUUAACUCAGGAUCCAUUGGGAAACUGUCUGACUUGUUCACAGGUCAGAGGAGGUGGCAUCCGUAACUCGCUGGGCAGGGAUACUUUGGGACACCUCCACAGAGAGUCCCGUGUCACCAGGGAAGGACACGGGGUGGUGUGUCUGUCUUAGAGCAUCUGCCUGGUCUUUGAGGCUCGUUUCACAGCCAAGAAAAAAGUGAUAGGAAUUAUAUCAUAGGCAUUGUUUUGUGCUAGCAGCUGGGCCAGUGUUUGGGGAUAUAGAAGUGAGCAAGGCUGGGCUAGGUCAUGCUGCAUUAACAAACCCCAGUCACAGUGACUAGAACAGUUAGGUUUCUUCCCUUCAAAGCUGACUGCUUGGCACAGAUCAUAAGAGGCUGUGUGCAUUUUACUUACUCAGGAACCCAGGCUCCCAGGGGCCCACCCUCUCUAAUGUGCAUUGCUGGGUUGGAUCAAAAGAAAGCUCCAGAAAGUCUUCCACUUGGGAUCAUAGUUCAUUGGCCAGAACUAGCCAGUGGGGAGGUCCCAGGGGGCCUCCAGGGGCUGGGCAGUGGGACCCUUCACCAUAUCUAGAAGGAGGGAAGCUGGAGCCUUUGGGAACAGCCAUGAAAAUUAUACAGGGGGACUCUAGGGGUUCUCAUGCUAGUGAGCAACACAGACCAGUAAGCGGGAAUCACGUCUGCUGGGGGUUCUAUUGGAGCACCUAAAAGGGGUGACUGACCCAGUCUUACUGGAGGAGGGGAUGUGGAGAUGGUACACGUUGGCCAUGUAAAUGGGGGAGAAUGGAGAUUGGGAGGUAAGGGGAAAAAAAAACAAAAGGGACAUUCUGGGCGAAGGCCAGGAGGUAAGCGUGCUGUCUAAGCAGUGGAAAGUUGCUGGAGCACCGGGCAGAGGCAGUGUGUCUGGAGCCGAGGCGGCAGCAUGGAGGCUCCCGGGCACGGCGGGUGCUGCCCCAGCAAGAAUGAGCAGCUGAGCCUGGGUUUCUACCUUCGGACCUUAGGCUGUCAGAGCACCAUUCUCCCGAUGGGUUCCAAGGAUCACCUGCAUCAGGGACACCUGGGGAGCUUGUUCAACUCUUCGUUCUCAGCACCCCCUGGACCACCCAAAUCAUAGGGUCUAUGAGGGCAGGCUCUAUAGAAAAAAUAUCCAGGGGAUUUUGGCCCUAACUUUGUAAUAUGAUUAUUUUCAAACAUACACACACACAACUGAACAAGCUAGAUGAUCACCCAGAUACCCACUACAUACAUUCAACACUUCCUAACAUUUUGCCAUAUUAGUUUAAUGCACGUGUGUGUCUGUGUGUGUGUGCACGCAUGUGUAUUUGGCUGAACCAUUCAAGAGUAAAUUGCGGAAAUCACAGUACUUGACCCUUAAAUAUCUCAGCUGUGUUUCCUGAUAACAAGUGCUCUCUCCUCCAUAACCUAAAGGCCAUUAUCACUUUUGAGAAAAUUAACAAUUACUUAAUAAUAUUGUUGUAUCACCCACAUUCAUAUUUCUCCAAUUGUCCUUUUUUAGCUUGUCUCCAACAAGUUGACUCCAGGUGAUUUUUAGGCGAGAUGACUGGAGACUCCCUCUGAGUCAGCCCACUUGUCAGGGUGCUGGGUGCCCCCAGUGAUCCUCCCUGCAGUGUUUGGGCUUGGAGGAGGACUUCCCGUGGGCUGGGGCAGCAGUCUUCCUCUCUGCUGCAGGGCUUCAGACACAGAGAUGGACCAGGGGAGGCCCAGUGAGGAGGGAGAGCCCAGGCAGCCUCCUGCCCAGUCUCCAAUUAAAGCAUCUGCUAAGGGCAGAGGGGAGGGUGGUGAGGGGUCUUGACCAUCCCCAGACCCCCUUGCCUGCCCAGAAGGCUGGUGGUCCUGCAGCUCUCUCAAAGCACCAAGACACUGUCAAUGGUGAGCAAGGAGCAAGCAGUGGGCAGUGGGCUCGGUCAGCAGUGUCCUAGAGCCUGAGAAGUGACCCAGAGAUGUGAUGUUUCAAAGACAGCACUUGGCAGGGUGGUGCAGGGCACAGCACUCUCUGCUCCUGGCCACCUGCCAGGCUGCUCCUGGAGGUGGGCAGCAGAAGGAAGGGUCCCACAGGUGCCCACCCAGGUCUGCCAAGAGCACCGCACACCUUCUCUGCCUUCAAGGAGCUAUUAAUAAUAUCCUAAAUCUUAAAUUGAGAUGUAGUUACAUGAGAAAUAAUACCCACGAGAUAAUGUACAAUGAAGGUAGGCCUGCCUUGGGACAGAAGUGCCACUGAGUGGGGCUGAGUUUUCACCUAUGUACAUAUGCCUCUUGCCAGACUGGACAGCAAAGCCAGGUGAGGGUAGGCCUCAGCCAGUCACAGGGCCCUCAGGCCGUGGAGAACUUGUAGACCAUGAGCUGGGGUCUUGGGCUUUGUCCCGCCUCCAGCCUGGCACUUAGGUCUAGUCCCACGCCCUCCAUAAUAAUAGCUCCUCAUUCUCUGGGACCCCCUGUGGUCCUCAACCUCCCUUCCCUUGCAUGAUCCCUUGUAGUUCUCACUAAAAACCUAGGAGACAGGCAAGGCUGCAGGUAUCCUGUACACCUUCUCCUUCCCAGGUUCUCGUGUGUCUUUCCUCCUCUCCUGUGCCCCUUCUUCUUUGUCAUAUUUUAUGAGCUAAAUGGAGAAAACACAGUCUUCCAGUGCAAAGAUUCAGAAUUACUUGGGGUUGGAGUUCUCUGGUUUUCCCAGGUUUGGGCCCCCAGACCUUCAUCUUCCAGCCUCUGUCCCCAAGUCCCACGUGUGAGUGAACUCAGAAGGGUCCCAGGGCUGAAGACUUCCCCGAGAGCGCCCGUCGGAGACACCUCCACCAGAGGCUGCUGGGUCUGAUCUCAGGUGGAGGGGAAAGGUGGGGUGGGGAAGGGGAAGGAAGGAGGGUGAGAAGUUAGAUGGAGGGGUCUUAAGAAAGAUUAAAGAGGACGUGUCAGGGAGCUGGUCAACCAGAGCAGAUUCCAAAAGAAAUCUGGUCCAAGCCACAAACUUAGGCUAUGAAAAAUGUGGUGUUCGGGAGAGAGGCUGGGUUGGUCCCUUGGACCAACACACCAGGAACGUGGCUCUGUUUCCUACAAGGGUUUAGGCUAGCAGAGGAAGACCAGGAGGGAAGAGGUCCGUCUUCAGAAGAGUGGCAGGUUUCGGAGGAAGAUCUUGGCUCCCUCAGUCUCUAAUUUUCACUUGCCCCUUGGUGACGUGGGCUGCCUCCACCUUCAUUUCUCUGGGCCUUCCCCAGCGAUGAUAGUCUAGAGAUAGGUAACCUGAUUCCUAUAGCAGAAAGCAUGACAACUUGCCUCUAAGCCACCUUUAAAAAUCCUGUGGUUCUGUCUGGAGAGGGAAGCCAAACCCAGACAAAGGGCACAAGGGGUGGGGAGACACAGGGCAUCAUCCUGGCUGUCUUUGUUGUUCAGGCACUAAGAUGUGUCCUACUCUUUGUGACCCCAUGGACUGCAGCACGCUGGGCUUCCCUGUCCAUCACUAUCUCCUGGAGUUUGCUCAAACUCAUGUCCAUUGAGUG